UUCUAUUAAUAUUACAUAGUCAUAAAUACGCUUUAAAUAUUUUGUGUGUACUUGAAAAUAAAACCAUUAGAAAGUCGUAAAUUGCUUAGUGCUAACAAUGAUUACAAUUCUUUGGUGUAUAACCGGAUAGACCAACAAUCUUUAAAUGUUUGAACAUGUUUCGAAUUUUUAGAAGUGAUAGUGAAAUAUGAUUUCUUCCAAAUGAUAUGAGAUGGCGCCAAAAAUGCAACUCUUGAAACUAACGACGUGGAUUGCUUUGACAUGCUGGAUGUCAACAAGCGUUGCUAUCAACAUUCCUGGUUACUGCGAUCACCAUACAACCAUCACAAGCCAAUAUGAAGAAUACUUCAACAUCGAUGCGAUGGGCAACAACCGUACGGACAAAACCGUCGUCGACUUCAUCCUUUAUGUGCAGCUUUCCAACAUGCAGGAAGAGAUCGCACUGCUUCUGUCGAAUGCAAACCGCUCCAUGCAGCAUCCCGACUACGAGCAAACCUACGAGAUUCGCAUCAGCAAUGUGUACACCGUCAUCUACAAGGAAACGCUUCGUAUGUCGGCGCACCAUAGCCAGUCGUUUAACUUUUUCCCGGCCGAACAUUUUCAGUUGCAUAUUAAAAUCAGUCGCAAAGGUCUCAUAACGGUACAGAUUGAUGGUUUGGCGAAACCGAUUCUCUCCGUAAUAGAUGAACAUCCGGUAAUCGAUGUACACUACAUCAGUUUCGGUUCCCGUAUGAACGCCUAUCCCAUCACUUGGUAUUUCCACUGUCGUGAACCGCCGACCACUCCACUCUCGGCGACUUCGAAGUCCGGUGAGGAAGAUGGUGACGGGCACUUCAGCCAGAACGAUGAGAUGGAAUUCGAUGAAAACAAGUGUCCUGUUUGUCCCAAGCCGGCCAAGUGUGAAGUUGUGGUUCGGGCUUGUUCUGACACAUCCCAAGAUCUUCUGCAGAUGAGUGACGCAGAAAAGCAAAAGUACUUUUUCUACUUCAAUGUGUAUUUAAGCAAGAACGGCAAAAAUGGAAAGGCCAUCGCCUCGGACUUUGGGAACGUUGUCGACAAUAAUAUUGACUAAAUGUUUCGGUUGAAGUUCUGUUUUCUAUAUAUCGAGUUACUAGUUUCUUCCAGCUGUACGUGAUGUAACCGUAGACAUAUCUAAAUUAUAUCUUACCAAUUAGUAGUUCUAUCUAAGUAGAAAACUUUAAAUCUGAUACUGCUACUCGUUCUUAAAACUCCCAGUUUUAGUAUGAACUCUAGAGCAGUUCUAGUCUAGAUUGAUAUGUUAUCAAACAAGUUCUAUUCAACUGAGGAUACUAUUUGAGAAUGCAUUAUACUUCUGCUUUACAAUAGUCUAAGCCAAUUGUCAAGAUACCUUAAGUAGAAUUGAUUAGUGGUGAAAUUCAAUUGAAAUUGAAAGCAUCUUUUGAAUCUACAUCUUUUACUGAUACUAGCAAUCUUUCCAUCGGAUUUGACCGAUGAGAUAAAAAAAAAUUAAUAUUUUUAGAGGUUUCACAUUUUAUCACCUUCUUCUACGUGUUUGUCUAGUCACAUAUUUAUCAUGUUCUAUACAUAUAUAAACAAAAAAACACUACUUGUGAUUCCAAUCUAAUAAAAACAUGACAAUAAUGAGUAGAAAAAAAAAGAGUUUUAUUUUGAUUG